UGGACACCCCCUGUUCGACGAUAAUGGUACGGUCGAAGCCCCGUCAAGUUGAACACGCUCUUGUCAAGGGCAGUUUCCAGUUGUGGUGUGUUUCCUCUUAGACUGUGGGCUCAGUUACGAAUAUGCUCUCAAGAGUUGGUCAGAUACGCAGGUGUGCAGCCAGCCUCAGCCAAACUUUAACCCAGGUAACUGCAGCGAGGCACAAGCACACACUGCCUGACCUGACCUACGACUAUGGUGCCCUGGAGCCCCACGUCAGUGCUGAGAUAAUGCAGCUGCACCACAGCAAGCACCAUGCCACAUACGUUAACAACCUCAACGUUACAGAGGAGAAGUAUCAAGAGGCCCUGGCAAAGGGGGACGUGACUGCACAGGUUUCCCUCCAGCCUGCUCUUAGGUUUAAUGGAGGAGGCCACAUUAACCACACUAUCUUCUGGACAAACCUUUCUCCAAAUGGGGGAGGCGAGCCACAGGGGGAGCUAAUGGAAGCCAUCAAUCGUGACUUUGGCUCCUUCCAGAAGAUGAAAGAGAAAAUGUCUGCUGCCACUGUAGCAGUGCAGGGUUCAGGCUGGGGCUGGCUGGGCUUUGAGAAGGAGAGUGGAAGACUUCGCAUUGCUGCCUGUGCUAACCAGGAUCCUCUGCAAGGGACAACAGCUCUCAUCCCUCUUCUUGGCAUUGAUGUAUGGGAGCAUGCUUACUACCUUCAAUACAAAAAUGUGCGCCCGGACUAUGUCAAAGCUAUGUGGAAUAUAAUCAACUGGGAGAAUGUGAGUGAGCGUCUUCAGACUGCCAAAAAAUAAAAUCUCAAGCUCGCACCUCCCCAGCAACUCCUCACUUUGAUCGGGACCUCCUGGAUCAAUCAGUCAUUGCAAUAGUUCUGUUUUUCAUUACUUGGAAAUAUUUGUGGUGGUGAUUUUGGAAUUCAGCCAUUCUUUCUCGCCUACAUAAAAAUAGCUAUCUUUUCUGAUAAGGCUACGCUUCUGUCAAUCACACCCAAAUAACUGCUGUCAUACUAGUUGUCAGAUGGCCAGAGUGUGUAUUCCGUAAGCUCUAUCAGUGUCAGGCAGUUCUCCAUGUGUUGGAUGUGCAAUAAUAAAAUCAUAGAUUUCA